CGAAACCGAAAAAAACACAGGGAAUGGACGUCCGAGCGAUGGCGAGCAGAGUGGGCAGUGAACCUGUGCGGGUCCUCCACGGCACCCGCUCUUCUGAGGGGGUCGGGGGUCGGCCCUAGAGGUGCUCAAGAACCCUUACCGGACAGGCAGCGAGCAUUCUAGCACGCCCUAGCGUGCCGCUGGCACCGUGGCGGAUAGGGACGAGGAGGACAGGAUACUGAAGCGCGCCUACCUGUCUGGCUUCCCGAACGCCAAGUACAGCCUGCGCGGCCAGACGUAUAUGGUGGACUUUAAGAACCUCGUGCAGGAGAACGCGGCGUCGGGCAAGCAGCGAAGCAUUCGCCCGCCGCACAGGUGGAAGCCGCCCUCCGCACCGAUCAUGGAACCUGGCCCCAUGACUUGCGUGAAGGUGCCGGUUGGGGCCCCAGGGACCACGAUCCAGGUUCCGCACCCGAAGGACAAGCGCCAGUUCAUCAGCGUCUCGGUGCCCGCAAGCGCGAAGGCUGGCCAGGCGAUGAUGGUGCCCGUGCCGCCGCUGGAGGCGUGCGCUGGGGCUGCGCUCGACCAGGGUCCGGAGCCGUCAGCGCCGCCACCGGUGGCCGCGGCAGCCGCGCCCGCCGCCAGGCCAGAGAAGGAGAGGAAGGAGAAGAAGGGCUGGAGCACUGGAGCCAGAGUCGCUGCUGGCACGGCAGGUGCGGUCGCAGUCGGUGGGCUCGUCGUCGGCGGCGCCAUCCUCGGAGAGCACAUCGUCGAGGAGGGCUGGGAUGCCACCGUGGAUGGCCUGGGCGACUGGGCCGCGGGCGCUGGCGAGUGGGCCGCGGGCGCCGCAGACACGGUCGGGGAGGGCAUCGCGGGUGGCGCGGACGCCGCUGCGGACUGGAUUGGUGGCGCGGCGGACACCGCUGGCGACUUCAUCAUGGACCUGUUCUGAUAGCAGAGGGCAAGGUUCGCCAGGUGAGACCAGCAGGGGCUGUUUUACCAAACCGCGCCGCGCCCGAGCGUGGCUACAGAGCAGAGCUAAGGCUAUGCGCCGCGCGUCUGCUGCCCCGCCACUUUCGCCUGGACGCCCCCAUCCUUCAGCGCGACAUAUGCUCGUGCUGCGGGGCUGGGAAUGCACGAUUUGUGAGGGUGGGACGGCCGAUACAGCGAAGGCCGUCCAUCGCCAUGGACAGGAAACACAUCAGGCACCCGAUGCUGCGGGCCCUCGUCGCGGUGGCCUAAGUGCGGCAGCGAUGGACCCAGCGCAGUCGACCGUGCCAGGGCGUCCCGCAGAUAGGCCAGACGCCGCUAGCGCCCACUUCGCUUUGCAGGGCUGAGUGGGCAGCACAGGAGGAUUGCGACACCAACACAGCGUACUCUUCCAA